AUGGAUGAUUUUUAUGAUGAUGUAGAAUUGGGAGAUUUUAAUAAAGAAAAAGAAGAUGAAGACGGUCCUGUUAAUCCUGAUAUUGAGGCUGUUGAAUCACCAGAUGAGGAUGCCAAGAAAUUAAAUAAAGCUUUAAAAGCAGCAAAAAAGAAUAAAAGUACUGGUACAAAGAAAAAAAGAGUUUUUAAUGAGUUAGAUCUUAUUGGUGCUAAUGGAUAUCGGAAGUUAUUUAGUAUGGUUAAAGAUAUCAAAUUACCAAAAGAAACAGAAGUGGUUUCAUCGAGAAAGUUCUGCAAAGAUGUUACAGCUAUUGAGGAUAAAUUUAUAGCAUGGGCAAAUGAAAUGCAACCAAACAUGAAGUUUUCUGAAUUUUGUGGCAAAUGUCAAAUGUUAAAUAAAAAAAAAGUUGUCCUUGAUUGUAUUAAAAGUUUAGUAGAAGAAUUUUAUCCUAAAAGAAAUAGUGAGGUAACUCCUUUUAACAAUGAUGUUUUUAACACAUUAAUUGGACUUGAAUGGAGAGUUGUUGACGAUGACAUUGAAGAAAUAAAAGAUUUUGAAAAGAAGUAUUCAGAGACUGAUGAGUAUUUUAAAAAUUAUGUUGGAGUUAUGUAA